AGCUGCUGUCACUUUAUGUCAAACUUUGACAUCUUACCACGAAGGAAACAACACGUUUCUCUCUGAAUAACUUCACACUCGUAGGAGGGACAGUAUACACUUGUUGCAUGUACAGUUUGUGUAUUUUACAGCCGAGGACAAGGAGGAAAACAAAGGAAAAGCUGUACACCAAUCACAAAGCGCGAGACAGAGAUACAGAUAUGUAACAGAGGAUUUGAUUGGCUGGAGCAGCAGAGAGCCACACAGGGAGGACCGGCUGGUGUGUAUGUGUUGCUGUACUUCUCUUUGAAAGUUUCUAAUUGAGCUUCUGACCGACAGGGUUGCGGCAAAAUGUUGCAAGACUUCAUAUAUGUGGAUUAUUUAUCUCCAGCGUCGGACUGAGCCGAGUUAAAGUGAAAUUAACUGCUUUUUUUUAAAGGACCCUGGCAGGAAAGGAACAUAUAGGGUGUGCCUGGAGGAAAAAACAAAACACUUUUUAAUGCUUUUUUUGGUUAUUUGAAGUGGAAAAAAAAGGAAAGUUGAAGCAGAUACCUGAGCGGAACCAUGCCGGGGAAUGGCGGAGUGUACGCGGUGAAGAGGAGGAAAAAGCCCGUUCAGAAAAGUGCGAAGCCACCGCCGGUGAAGAUCAAUCCAUCCAAACGCCACCGGGACCGCCUGAAUGGAGAGCUGGAGCGCCUCACCAGCAUGCUGCCGUUCUCCGAGGAGGCCAGAGGUCGCCUGGACAAACUGUCUGUGCUGCGGCUCAGUGUGGGAUACCUCAAGGUUAAGAGUUACUUCCAUGCGGCGCUACAGAAGCACGUGAGGUCCGCUCCUCUCGUGUCUGUAAACGACAGAAAUGGACAUUCGGUGUCUCUGGAUGGAGUCAAUAUUUCCGAGGGGGAACUUCUCCUCCAGGCUUUAAAUGGUUUCGUGUUGGUCGUGACGACUGACGGCACAAUCUUCUACACGUCCGCGACCAUCCAGGACUUCCUGGGCUUCCAUCAGUCCGACGUUCUCCACCAGAGUGUGCACGAUCUCGUUCACAUGGACGACAGAGAGACGUUCAAAUGUCAGCUCCACUUCGCCCUCAACCCGAGCGACACGCACGCAGACAUGAGAGCAGAAGCUUUUCAGUCGAGCGGUGAAGUUUCGAGCAGCUCUGUGAGCUUCUUGUCUCAGUACGUCCCUCCGGAGAACUCCUCUUUCCUGGAGAGGAACUUCUGCUGUCGCCUUCGCUGCCUCCUGGACAACACCUCUGGAUUCCUGGCUCUAAACUUCAACGGGCGUCUGAAGUACCUGCAGCAAAACACCAGGGCUGAUGGGACGGCGGCUCCUCCUCAGCUGGCUCUGUUUGCCAUCGCCACUCCUCUGCAGCCUCCUUCAGUCAUGGAGAUCCGCACUAAGACCCUCAUCUUCCAGAGUAAACACAGGAUGGACUUUGCUCCUGUGGGGAUAGACACCAGAGGGAAGCUGGUUUUGGGAUAUUCGGAGAUAGAGUUGCUCACAACAGGCUCUGGCUAUCAGUUCAUCCACGCUGCUGACAUGAUGUACUGCGCUGACAACCACCUCCGGAUGAUGAAGACAGGAGACAGUGGCUUCACGUUCUUCAGGCUGCUCACCAAAACAGGACACUGGUUGUGGGUUCAGGCCACUGCCAGGAUCGUCUUCAAGGGAGGAAGACCAGACUUCAUCAUCGCUCGUCAGAAGGCCAUGAAAAACGAAGAAGGAGAGGAACACUUGCACCAGAGAAGACAGCAGCUCCCCUUUAACCUGGCCACUGGUGAAGGUGUCCUGUAUGAUAAUUCUCUGGAAUCCAUCCCUGGUGCACCGAGCACCACGGACCCCAUAACAGAGAAACCUUUGGACCCCGCCUCCCUCUUGGGAUCCCUUCGCCGGCAGGACCAAUCUGUUUACACACAGCGACAGAAACCCAGUCCUCAGCUCGCAAUCCUCACCCAAAUGGAGGACGCCGAUUUUGAACAACCCCAGCCGUCCUUGGAGCAAGUGUUCCUGGACAGCCGCGCUCUGCUGAGUGUGCCGGGCCAGAUCCAAGCCUCGCAGAAGAGGUCUAUCACAGGGGACCUCACAUCGGAGGCAAUGAUUGAGUCGUUGGAGCAGAUCUUGGAGGAUUUUGGGAACGGAGGGAUUGAGGGUCUUGAAGUUGAGGAGACAGAGCUGAGGGACUGGCAGAACACGCUCGUCAGGAUGAACGAGGAGAGGGAAGACGGAUCGAGGGAACUAAAUCACAUCCUGGCCAAUGACGUUUUCUCAUAUGUGGAGGAGGCUCUGAGGAGAGAGUCCUGUGGGUAUCUGCAGGGUGCAGAUCAUGUUGACAGUGUAUCCAUCCAAGGAGAGCAUCCUGAGUCUGUGUUUUCAGAUAAUGAGUGGCAGAAAAUGAUGGAGAUGAAAUCUGGCUUUGCAGAGCAGGUUCUGUUGGAAGAUGUUCUCGGUGGUGUUGGACUAAAAGACGCUUCUCAAGCUGUGUUUCACAGGGCGGCACACACGCAGGAACACGCCUCUUCACUGUGGCCUUCAAGCAGCAGCAAUUACCACUGUGGCAACCAAAUGAUUUCAACACAGUCUUGGCUUCCAUCUGUUCAAAUCACCAACAAUAUCCACAGCGGCCAUCAACCUGGCUCGGAUGUGACCAACCAAAGUGUACAAGAUACACAAACUGGUUCACAGCAGACUUACAUGGGGCAACAGCUUCAGAGGCCUUCAGUGUGGCAACAACAACAACAACAACAACAACAACAACAACAACAGCUGCAGCAAAGUUUUCACCAUCACACACUGACACAUUCCUCACACACACCAGGUACAGCGAACUCAACCGCUCAGUCGUUCUACCCGCAAAUGCAGAGCUUACCGAGCAGCUGCAUGUUUGAGAAAAGAGAUGGCAGCCGAGCGAACGCUGCUGCUGUUCCCAUCAGACAGAACGGGCCUCUCCUAGGAACCGUACACGCUACAGAGUCGACUACAAACGCUGCCUUCACCCUGCUGCAUCCGGGCAUCGGAGUCAUCAGCCAGGGGAUGAUGCAGUCGGCGGCGGACGGAUGUACUGGCCUGGGAACAGCUCGAUCAGAAUAUCCUCCUGAAAAUGGAUUACAGUCGUCGUUCUUCUGUUGGAGCGAUGAAGCUCAGAUCCCCAAAGUGCCCGUGAACGGUGCCGUUGACCCAGUUUGUCUUCCCCGGGAGUAUCAACCAUUCCCAGAACACCGGCCCAUAGCCGCUGCACUCAGAGACUGGACUGAGCGAUAUGCACGAGUACGAUGACGAGUGUCCCUUCUGGGAAUGGAUCUUCUCAUUUCAAACUCAAAAACAUUUGCUGCAUUACAGUGUUGCUGAUAAUGUAGGUUAUUUUGGACGUCUGACUCUUUAACUAUUUAUCAAACUCAGCAAGUAACCAACAAUGUUUUGAAGUGUCCUGUCAGCUGAAAGACAGCUGGACCCGGCAGGAGUUAGUACUUUAUUAGUGGACUUGAAGAAAUCUUGAAUACAGAAUUUCUGUAUCACAUAAAGUGACAUGAACUUUUAAUAUGGAAGACCAUUUGAUAUUAUUUCUUCUGUACAUGUUGUUCUGUAACUUCUCGUUAAGACCCAGCGUAUAUGCAGUUUCAGCGUGGCGUUUAGAGGACACGUCGUAGUCGAGGAGGACUUUAAAUCUGGACCUUUUAAUAACAAAGCAUGUGUUAUACGUAAAAGUAAAGAAAUGUUUCUCUCACUUAUGUAAAGUAAAUGCAGCUUCUGAUUAUCUGAACCUACCCACGUGAAGUUGAAUUAUCUUUAAAGGACAGGUUCACAAUGUUCCUGUCUUUAAAACAAUAUCCAUAUGUAUAGUGAAAUAAUUCUUGUUUGCUGUAAUCUUUCCUCCUGUUCGUACGGGAUAUGUAAAGAUCACUUCUUAGCACACGUGUCAAACUCAAGACCUGCGGGCCAAAUGCGGCCCAUCGUAAAUCUCGAUCUGGCUCGGUUUUCCAAUAAAUUGCGGCCCGCCUAGUUGUAGCUGAAGAAGAAUUGAUGAACUGGCAUCAAAGAAAAGAUGUCAGAUGUCUGGAAAUUGUCCAAUUUUUAUGGAUAAAUAGCAUGCCAACAUCGAUGCGUCUGUGAAAUAUAGUCUGCAUGAGAGUUUUGCUUGACAGCAAAUGUAUUUGUAAUUUUAAAGGUUCUUAUGUGCAGACAAUUGCAUGCUAGAAGGCUAGACUGUAUGGGACACGUAAACCACAUGAUCAAAUACUUAAUUUUAUUAUUAAAUGCUUCACACAACCAUUGCCUUGUAAUAUUCAGACCUGUGAAACAGGUGUGUGUACGUGUGCUGUAUGUUAGCCUGCUUGUACACAUGUAUUCAGAAGGCAUUUAUUUUGUUCGACUAAGUGCAACUUUUUUUGGGGCUUUAUGUCGACCAAAUUGUACGUGAGAAAACUAUACGGGACAUGCAACAAUAUAAUCUAAGAUAUUUAAUUUUAAUUUCUUUUGAUUAAAUAAAUGCUUGUCAAUAAAAUGUAAAUGUCUGGCCCUUGAUGUGAAUUUGAGUUGGACCCUCCCAUCCCAACAUGAUGGGGGACAAAAUCCACAGUGCUCUUUGUGCAAAAAAAAAAACAAACCCACCUGAGUGGAAAAAGGUUUUGCAAAAUGCUUCUGUAAUUACAUGUAAUGUAAUUACAUGUAAUGUUACACUCUGGAGCUUCUUUGUAUUCCUUGUGUACAAGAUCUAACCAAUGGCGAGACGAGCCUAAUUUAUUUUGCCAUUAAAAGAACUGUAGCCCCUC